GCGAGAGGAGAGAGUCCGGAGAGCGUCCACCGCUGCAGGUCACUUACUCAUCCCCGCACACACACAGAGAGAGAGAGAGAGAGAGAGAGGCUGCGCUGUAGCCUGAUGGCCGGCUAGCUGCUCUCUGGACUCCACCGCGGCCUGCUUCGGGAGGAGGAAGGGUGGUGACGGCGCAAAAUGCUCUACCGCUGACUCCCCGACCAAGACAGUUAUCCCUUCCCCAGAGACUCGCUGCGAGUUGGACGACGAGCACGAUGCACUUAUAGAUUUUUUUUUAAACGCUCUUAACUUCCCUAAUUCUUCUUGUUGUGUGUCUGUGUGUGUGUGUGUGAGAGAGAGAGAGGCUCUGCGCUCACACCGAGCGCCGUCUUGCGUACCCUGAAUUCCCCCCAGCCUGAGACAUGUCAUCCAACUGCACCAGCGCAGCGCCUGUCAGCGCGAGCAAAACCAAGACGAAAAAGAAGCAUUUUAUAGGACAGAAAGUGAAACUAUUCCGUGCGAGUGAGCCCAUUCUCAGCGUUUUAAUGUGGGGUGUCAACCAUACGGUUAACGAGUUAAGUAACGUGCCUGUACCAGUAAUGCUGAUGCCAGAUGACUUUAAAGCCUACAGUAAGAUCAAAGUGGACAACCACCUAUUUAACAAAGAAAACCUGCCUAGUCGCUUUAAGUUCAAAGAGUACUGUCCCAUGGUGUUCAGGAACCUGAGGGAGAGGUUCUGUAUCGAUGACCAGGACUACCAGAACUCUCUGACAAGGAGCGCCCCACUCAACAGCGACUCCCAGGGUCGCUUCGGCAACCGCUUCCUGUCCAGCUACGACCACCGCUUUGUAAUCAAAACUGUGUCCAGUGAGGACAUCGCCGAGAUGCACAACAUCCUAAAGAAAUACCACCAGUUUAUAGUGGAGUGUCAUGGCAACACACUGCUCCCUCAGUUCCUGGGCAUGUACAGGCUAACAGUGGACGGGGUGGAGACGUACAUGGUGGUGACCCGGAAUGUAUUCAGCCAUCGCCUCACUGUACACCGCAAAUACGACCUGAAGGGUUCUACGGUCUCCAGGGAAGCCAGCGACAAGGAAAAGGCUAAAGAACUCCCCACUUUUAAAGACAAUGACUUCCUGAAUGAAGGCCAGAAGCUACAGAUAGGAGAUGACAACAAGAAGUACUUUUUGGAGAAGCUAAAACGGGAUGUAGAGUUCUUGGCCACCUUAAAGAUCAUGGACUACAGUCUCCUGGUAGGCAUCCACGACGUGGAGCGGGCGGAGCAGGAGGAGAUGGACGUGGAGGGUGUGGGAGAGGAGGAGGAGUACGAGAAUGACGGGAUGGGCGGUGGUGUGCUCACCGGCUCUUUCGGCACGCCUCCUGACAGCCCCGGAAACCCUCUGAACUGCGGGGGAUUCUUUGGCCCCGGGGAGUUCGACCCCUCUGUGGACGUUUACGCAAUCAAGAGUCACGACAGUGCUGUGAAGAAGGAGGUAUACUUCAUGGCUAUCAUCGACAUCCUCACGCACUAUGACGCUAAGAAAAAAGCUGCACAUGCUGCCAAAACUGUGAAACACGGGGCGGGGGCCGAGAUCUCGACGGUGAACCCGGAGCAGUACUCCAAACGAUUCUACGAGUUCAUGUCCAACAUCCUAUCAUAGACUCAUCUCCCAGUCCAGCCAGUCACUUCCUGUCAUAGAUCUGUCAAAUGCCACGCACUUAUUUCUUCUUCUUCUUCCCACACCUCUGUGUAGGUCAAACUUCCCAUGCCCUCUCCCCCAUUUGCCCAUAAACAAAAAAAACACCAGUAUCCUCCCACAGCCAGGACCAGUCUGGCAGGAUGGAUGCACCGAGCCUGUUACAUUGUCCCGCACAAACACAAACCACCGCUGCCACAACCUCCCAAGCUCUCUCAUCCACUGCAAGGAAAACUCGUGAACCCCGUCACUGAAUUCGGACUGACACCCGAUAAUCUCCCUGAUCUUUUUUUUUUUUUUUUUUUUUAAACCUUUCUGCCUCCCAGUCCUCCUCAGCCACCUUGUUACUCCUCACGCCAGCACGGAAACUGUCUCACUAAUGCCUUGAACAAGUGUGUCAGCUUCAGCAAUUAACAGUCCGUUAGUAGAGUCUCUUCGGUUUCUGUUCAUGUCGUCGUCGUUCCUAUGAUUUUCUAUUAGACACACACAAACACACACACACACACACACACACUCUCUGAUGUAAACAAACCCGCACAGAUGCUGAAUGGUCAGAUUGCAUGACAAACUCUUCGACAGUCACCAUCAGGCUUCUCUCUCUCAGCAACAAUGGAAAAAUCAAAAGUAACAGCUGAAAAAUUGGAACGACAGGGAAUAAACACAUGAAUAUAUAAUUGUGUAAAGUAAAUGAAUGCAAUAUCAAAAAUGCAUGGCUGAUGUGUACAUGAGACUCCACCAGUAAGUUGAAACAUCAAACCACUGAACUUAGCAUCUGAGUGUUACGACUAAAACAACAAAAAAAGAGGAAAAAAACAAAAAAAAACUCGGUGUUUGAAUGUUACGUUGCCAUAUUGUUUUUGAAUAUUUUUGAAAUUUUAACCGUGAGCUUGGUGGAGGUUGGUCUAAGAAAAAAAAAUUCACAUAAAAAGGGGAAUUCUGCAGCAAAUACUUGUUUUAUUACCAUAAGGAUCAUUUUUAUAUCUUGUUUACAUUAAUGUAGCAAUUUUGUGUUUGUAUACAGUAUUGUUUUGUUACCAACAGACAUUAGAAAAAAAAAAGGUUACUUGAAAAUGAUUCAUUGCAUAUUAAAGGGAGUUUUAUCUUGU